CUCCACACCCAUGACCGUGUGCUUGUCUGUCACCAAGUCAAACGGAACCAAACGGACUCGUUCGUCACCUGACAGAAAGAGAGGCGUCUUCACAGUCACGUAACAGACUGAUCUGAGAGAGCCGUGGAUCAGCCAGAUUCAUGGUCUCCACUGUACUUCGAUGAAGACAGCUACAGCUUCCCCUCCCUUCCCAGGAAUAUGAAAGGUUUAUCAAGCGGUCGUCCUCAGCUAACCUUCACAUCAGGACAUACCUGUGGGCUGCCAGACUGCGAUCAGUCCCUCGACCCCUUGCAGCAUGUUGGCUCCGACUCUCGCUCGCCCUACCUGCUCAGUCCGACCGAGAGCUGCCAUCUGGAUCCGCACCGCUGCUCACCUCGCAGCUCCAUCCACUCAGAGUGCAUGGUGAUACCCAUUUCCAUGGCAUCUGACCACGUUUCCAGCAGCACAUUUCCUAGAAUGCACUACAGUACACACCAUGAUGGCUCACGGGAGGACGGCUCCACAUCUCACAGUGGUGGAGGAGGGGGCGGAGGUGGUGGUUCUAGCAAAAUGAACCGUAUACCUGCAAACUUGCUGGAUCAGUUUGAGAAGCAGCUGCCAAUUCACAGAGAUGGUUUCCACACACUGCAGUACCAGCGCACAUCUGCCACAACCACAAGCAGCGAGCAACGCAAUGAGAGUCCCGGACGCAUCCGCCACCUUGUGCACUCCGUCCAGAAGCUCUUCACCAAAUCCCACUCGCUGGAGGGGUCGUUCAAGAUGAAUGGCACCAAGGGAGACUCUCGUUCGGACAGUGGCCACCACCACCAUCAUGGACAUCACCAUGGUAACCACAAACACAGCAAAAGGAGUAAGAGCAAGGAACGCAAGUCCGACUCCAAGCAACGCUCAGGGAUAGCAGGCUGGUGGAGUUCUGAUGACAACCUGGACAGUGACAGCACCUACCGGACUCCCAGCAUCAUGAGCCGUCACCAUGGAGAUCAUAUCACUCACUGUUACCCGGACAUGGGCCACAGUCACUUUGCCGAUCUUUCUCUCAAGACCUCCAAGAGCAACAAUGAUGUGAAAUGCUCGGCUUGUGAGAGCAUUGCUAUGGCACCCGAGGGCAAAUUUAUGAAACGCAGCUCCUGGUCGACGCUGACUGUCAGCCAGGCGAAAGAAGCCUAUAGGAAAUCUUCCCUCUUUCUGGAGAAACCGGCCAUGCCUCAAGAUCUGAAGUCCUCCAUGAGGCCUUGUCAUUAUUUACAGGUCCCUCAGGAUGAAUGGGGUGGGAGAGAUGAUGAAAUCCCAUGUAGAAGGAUGCGAAGUAGCAGUUACGUUAAAGCAAUGGGUGAUCAGGACAGCGGGGACUCUGAUGGCAGCCCUAAAAACUCCCCACAGAAAAGUGUGCGGCCCGAUGCACUCGUUAAAUCUGUGCUGCAGAGACAACUUUCAGACCAGAGUCAAAGUUACCAUCUUCAGACCUCUAGGGAAAUUCAUCCCAGCAUCAUGCUGGAACCAUCUCCCAACUACAGCUCACCAAAGUUUCGCUCCAGGAACCAGAGUUACAUGAGAGCGGUGAGCACACUUAGCCAGGCCAGCUGCGUCAGCCAGGUGAGUGAGGCGGAGGUUAAUGGGCAGUUUGAGUCAGUUUGUGAAUCUGUGUUCAGCGAGGUGGAGUCUCAGGCCAUGGAUGCUUUGAAUCUGCCAGGCUGCUUCAGGACACGCAGUCACAGUUACCUGCGAGCCAUCCAGGCUGGAUUCUCACAAGACGAUGACUGCGUUCCUUCUAUGACAUCAUCCACUGUCACCUCCACCAUCAGGUCCACCACAGCGGUCACCUAUACACCCAGUACACCCACCUAUAAAAGGACUCCUCCACCUGUGCCACCUCGUUCCAACUCAAAACCCCUCAUCUCCAUCACAGCUCAGAGCAGCACAGAGUCCACGCAGGAUGCCUACCAUGAGGGACAGCUGGCCAGAAGGGGUCUCUGGGGUUCUGAUGGGUUGAGUUUGAGUUUGGGUCGAGCCCUUUAUAACUCCACUGACAGUCUGGACAGCGCCAAGGCCGUCACUAUCGCCAUGGAAGCUGCUGCCAUGGCAAUGGCAGCAAAAAGACACCCAUCCACAGACAGCCACAGCUCAGUAAUGACCUGUGAUAAAGCUGUGCUUGUGUCCAGAGCUGAGGAAUACCUAAAAACACCCCGGUCCUCAAUAGGAAUACAGGUAGAAGCAGCAACUGAUUCUGAGUGUGAAAGUAAAGGCUCUCGAGAAUAUCAGUCUGUUGGGAUUCAAGUGGAAGAUGUGAGACGUCAAGGACGAUUCAAAAGGUCUAACAGUGUCACAGCCGCUGUUCAGGCUGAUCUGGAGUUGGAAGGCUUUCCUGUGAUGGAGGAUAAAGGUCUUCAGUUUGGUGGUGGUUUCCAGCGGCACAGCGAGCCCAGCACCCCCACGCAGUACGGCGCUGUACGGACCGUACGAACACAGGGUCUUUUCAGCUACCGUGAGGACUACCGCACCCCCACUGAGCCUCCAAGUCCCCAGUGCAGCCCUGAGCAAUGGCUGGAGCCCUCGCCGCGGGAACCCAUCUCAAAGGUAGCGGUGACGGUAACGCCACCCCAACCGUCAGAUUCGGGAAAAGCAUCACCCUCAUGCAGACGGGAUGGAAGCUGGUUCAUGCAGCUGCUGCAUACAGAAACAAAAAAGAUGGAGGGUUGGUGCAAAGAGCUGGAAGGAGAGGCAGAGGAGAAUGAUCUGUCAGAGGAAAUCCUUGGGAAGAUCCGGAGUGCUGUUGGAAGUGCACAGCUCUUAAUGUCCCAGAAAUUUCAGCAAUUUUACUGGCUUUGUCAGCAGAACCUAGACCCCAGCGCCAUGCCUCGACCCACCUCUCAAGACCUGGCCGGGUUCUGGGACCUGCUGCAGCUGUCUAUCGAUGACGUUACCUCCAAAUUUAAUGAGCUGCAGAAGAUCAAGUCCAAUGAUUGGAGGCUCAUUGAGAGUCCUGUGAAGAAGCUCCCACCUCCUGUACCAAAGAAGACAUUGCGUAAAAGUGUGACGAGGGAGAAAUCUCUGGACCUCCCUGACCAUCAGAGACUGGAGGCGAGACGGCGCCUUAUGGCAGCCAAGCGUGCAGCUUCAUUCCGCCAAAACUCAGCAUCGGAGCGGGCCGACAGCAUUGAGAUCUAUAUUCCAGAGGCCCAAACACGGCUCUGAGAGACACAGGAAUGUGAUCGUCACAUCUUUAUCACACAAUUGUCUUCAUUCUCUGUGUCUGAGCCAGUUAGAAAUACCACACUUCAGUCAUCAAGGAAACCGUUGGAAAUGGUCUAUUCCAAACACCACAAAUUCAGAGUGUUUUAAUCUUCUCACACUGCUUUAACAGUUCAAAAGUUUUUUAACAUGUUUUGGAACUGCCUGCAACAUGUUCCAUAGACACAGUUUCAUACAAAAUUCACCCUUUGAUUUAGGAGACAUACGUGAUUACUUAUUAUACUGAUUAACCUGUUAACCUGCACCCCCACUCAGGGGCUCACAGCUGAAAAUGACAUACCUGAAUUAAAAUAAAUAUAGCUCCUGAGAACAGUGUACCACAGGCACAAUUAAGGUCUCUUUGGAAAGAAGACACUUGGCACUCUACUAACAAUGAAUCAGAGUUGAUAAUGCUCAAACAAAUAAAAAGUUAUAAAAGUUGAAGUGCCUCAUAAAUAAUGUGAACUUCAAAAAAUGUUUUAUUAUUUCAUGUACAAAUAUAUAAAAAUAGACCUGGAGGAAUCCAAUUAGGUAAAGGAUUGAAAGCCACAAGUCUCAUCAGUUUAUAUUUCAAAUUUGAGGAAGAUAUAAUGAAAAAUGGGGUUCCUGCAAGCUUUUUUCCAAGACUAUGUUGGUUCCAUUUCUCUGUUCACCUGCCCGAGGCACAUCCCCAGAAAUGACAUCCCCAAACUAAAAUAAUUGUAGUUACUGAACAAUUUGCUCUACAUGCACAAUUUAGACAUAUUUAAAAAGAAGACACUUUGGAGUUUAUUACCCAAAUGUAAAAGUUGAAAAAACUUACACAGACAAACAUUUAUAGAAUUUAAAGUGUCUUGAAGAUAAUUUGUACUGCAAGUAACAUUUCAUUAUUUUAUGAAAAAAUAAAUGAACCAACCUGGAGGAAUCCAGUUAGGCAAUUGAUUGAAAGCCACAAGUCUCAUCAGUUUAUAUUUCACAUUUGAGGAAGAUAUUAUGAAAAAUGAGAUUUCUGCAAUAUUUUUUCCAAGACUAUGUCCAGGUACCAAGAAGCCUCCUUGGAUACCUCAAAAAGCAUCCUAAUGACCAAAUGUUAUGAAGGGUACUGCAAGCUAUUUUAGUCAUCAUAUACACUAUUCAUACCGAUAGUCGCCCAUUCAACAUUCAAUGGCUGGUGAUGGCCAGUGAUACAGACAGGAUUCAUAUGGAUGGUCAGACAUAGAAUCAACAAUCACACUGAUGGCCAGCCAUCAGACAAGCCAUUGUUUUAUAAGGUGCAGUACCUUAUCUUUUCAGACCACAAUGCAUUUACCUUAUAAAUCAAAUGGGAAAACAAACACACACACACACACACACACACACUCUCUCUCUCUCUCUCUCUCUCUC